AUGCGAGUAUACUUCGUACUGAUUACUUCAGCAUGCUGUCUACUUGCAAGCUCCAGCGCUGUCUCCGCGGAGGUUCCCUUCGUGAACUCGGCCAGCGCUGUCCAGGCUACUGCCACUAGACAGCUGAGGGGAGUGGCCGUUGAUAGUGACGAAGGAAGUCUGGGCAGUGCCUCAGUGGACGAAGAGAGAGGUGGUGUAGUGGACGAGAUACCCGAAAAGGCAGUGAGUACCUUCGCGAGGUUGGGGGGGAAGGCGGUGACAAGCUGGCCACUCUCAGCUUCUGGAUAA